CUAGAAAGGGCUUAUCAACGCUUAUCCUUCGAGAGUUCCAUUUCACCAUGGCCGGACACGGUUCCCGUGACGGCCCUCGAACCGACCAGCCACCGUCAAAGCAGCGUCCGAGGAACUUUUUGGACGGGUUCACCAACCGUUCGGCUACCGCUACGAAGAAAACACGUCAGCAGUCGUCGACGGCGUCCCGCGAGUCUAGGUCGGUGACGGGAUCAUCGGCGGGCGUCAGCGUGCUGGACCAGUACCGAUAUUUGCAGACGCAGCACCAAGAGCUGAUGGAGAAGUACAACGCACUGAAGCGCGAGCAUCGAGCCCUGGAGGACCGCCAUGUGCGACUGAAGACGGAGAACGGCAACCUGAAGGAAGCGUACGAGGAACUGCAGGAGAACUACAACAGCAUGCUGGACUCGCAGAAGAGUUUCACCGCCGGAAAGUUGCUGGUGUACUUGAAGCUGAAGCGGCGCGAAGACAAGGAAGCGCUCGAGAAGCGAAAUAUCAUCAAAAACGAAGCCUGCUUCAACACGUUCUUGGAGGACGUCCAGAUGCACGAGAGCAACCCGCGGAUACCGAAGAUCGUCGUGGAGUGCGUGACGGUGGUGGAGUCCAGCGACAAGUUUAUGAAGUCGGUGGGGCUGUAUCGGGUGUCGGGGAAUCACAACACGAUCCAGAACCUGCGGUACGACAUCAACGCGGACAGCUACAAGAAGUUGCGCCGCCAGAAGAGUCCGCACGAGGUGUGCGGGAUUCUGAAGUUGUUCUUGCGCGAGCUGAAGGAGCCACUGGUGUCACUGUGGCAGUUGAAUCGAAUAAUUCCGGGACCGUCGGAUAUGAUACACAACAGGGUGCUGAAAGUGCUUGAACUGGUCAAUUCAUUGGACGACAUACGGAGGGAAACGUUGCAGUAUUUGAUGAAACAUAUCAGAAAGGUCGUCGCCGUCGAGGACAACGAGAUGGACACGCUCAGCUUGGCGAUGCUGAUGAGUUCGUGCAUCUUCAACGAGACGCUCACCGACGUGUGCCCGGAGCGCUUCGAGACGGUCAGUGCCGUGCCGCGGGAGUGCAUCAUCACCAUGGUUGACCGCUACGAUGAGAUAUUCGAGAAAUAAAGAUGGAGAUUUAGCAUUUAAA